GCAGUCUCAUGUGCCAGCAGAAUACUAGCUGUCACUUCUUCUGCUUAGUCAAUGGUACAGGCACGUGCGCGCUGUUCAAAGCCUACGUCGCGGUGCGAUGGCCGGGCCAUCCUGCGUCUGCGUCCACCACAACGUACGACGCUUGCUACACGUCGUGGGGGGACCCCCGGGACAUCGUCAAGACGAACUCCCCCUUCACUUACUCAUCAGUCGACCAUUCCCCAUCGUAUGCUACCGAUGGAUACGCCUGCUUAUCCCCCAAAUAUUUCGUUACGCGGAACCUGCCUAAUAGCUCCUCCCAGAUAGACAUGGAAUACGUUACGCGAGUGCAGAAAGUGAUUUUUGCCACGGCUUUCCCAUUUACUGGCAUGGACGUGAUCCUCAGCAACACGAGUGACUAUUCGCAGGGACAGAAUAUAGGACGACUUGAUGUCUCCACGCCCGAGUGGUCAACGUACACCCUCGUCACCAACACCAGCGCGGCGGGACGGUACAUCACGUUAUACCAGGCAGCGACUAGCUACCAUGGCUACGCCGAAAUACAAGUCAUUCCUCAGCCUUGAGUCUCUCAUAAUGACUUUACUUCAUAUUCCAGAUAUGGAUUUCCUGAAGAUUGGGGCAAUGAACUUGUAUGUUCUUAAGUAGUUCGGAUUCACACUAAAAAUGCCUUGUUUGAUUUGCAGAGUCCUCUAAUUCUUAUAAUUAAACUAAUUAUAAGCGCAAGGGAUGGGACUCAUUUUCAUUAUGAGUUGCACUCAAAAUUGAUUUGAUCAACCCUAAUUGAAAAUUGUUAAGUUGAGUUCACGGCUAAAUAUAUCCAUCUUUUUGUUUAAUUGUUCAAGAAAUUGUAACAGGGAAUGGUUGUCAAUACGUUAGGACUGAAAACUAAGAUCAAUGGAACUCCUAAUCUACAUGCUAUUCCCCUAACAACCUUUAAAGGCGUGCGCGGCCCUGCAUUGAGGCCGCUUUGGA